AUGGAAGUUCAAGACAAGUUGACACACACAUCUCAACAGAUAAGCCAGGUGUGGAAGCAAGUCACCUGUCUUCCCAAUUACAAGGGGAAACACAGGGGAUCUGGGACCGGUGGACGUCGGACUGGCCUGGGGAUAGCGGGCAAACACUCACUGCUGACCCUCCGGCCACCACGCCGCGCCCCAGUUAGUAUCUGGCGGAGCGCGAAUUUCUCCCCCAUCCAGAAAACGGCCGGUUUUCUCGGGCGGAAUUCAACAAUAACUUUCGGAGAGGUCCGGGGGCUCGCGAUCGGGCCGCACCCGGCCGGGGUUUUCUCUCCGUUGGGGGGCGGCGUGGGGGGGGGGGGAGAAGGGAGCGUUCCUAAGAACCCAAACCCAACUCCGCACAAAGCUCAGCCGACAGGUCAAGGAAGGACCGGGGAAGCCAGUCUCUCCGAUCUCGCCAGGACCAGCCUUCCCCGAUUUGGGGAAUUAAAAACAAAAACAGGAAAACACACCAGGUUUCGGCGGCUGGAGAGUGGGGGGGGGGGGGGGUUAAAAAACAACAGCAACAACAACACCACGAACAACACCACGAACACCAGCCCCUGCGGGAGCCCCCGACUGGAGGAGGGCAGCGCGGGCAGGAGCCCCCCGCGGCUGCGCGCCCCGGGUCGGCGGCGGCUCCGUCCCCCGCCCCGUUCCCUGCGGUUUCUGGAACCACCCGAGCAUCGCCUGGCACUUCUUCCUCCCAGCCACCACACACGUUCUCAGUUUUUCCAGGAAGAUCGGUCGCGGUCCCGGCGCGGGCAGCGACACCGACUCAUCGCACACGUCAAACCAACGUCUGCCCGAGACCGAGUACGAGAUCAAGACCGAGGGUCCCGGCUCACGCCGCGCCGCCCCGCCCCGGCGCCGCCCCGCACACAGCCCACCACCACGCCAAGCCUGGGGCGAGGCGGCGGCCGCUCGGGCGAGGGGCGGGCCCCGGAGACCACGUGUGCCGCCUUCUGCGCACGCGCCGGCCAAAACAAAAGGGAGGCCUGCCAGGCCCCUCCCCCUCCCCACGUGACCCGGCCCUGGGCCCACCCCCGGCCGCCCCGCCCUCCAGCCCUUCCCUCCGCUCCCCUCCCCGCCGCUCCUGCCAAGGCUGUUAGAUUUAGCCGUUUAAAUUUGGCUGUGGUCCGACCCCUGCCCUGGAGCGCGAUCCGUGUGCCGGGGCCCGGAGUCCAACAGCCCAGAGGAUUCGGGGAACGAGGGGACUGCCGGUGGGUCGCCGGGCCCGCGAGUCCCCCCAGCGGUCCCGUCCGCUCUCCCCGCCCCGCGCUGCCUCGGUCCCCGGCCGAGACCCACCCCCCUCAGCCCGCCGCUGAGACGCCGGCCACUCGCCUGCUGGGGCGCCCUGGCUCCCCUCCGCCGCCGCACCUUCGGUCCGGCCGUGGUGGGGGCUGCUGA